AUGGAUAAGUUUUUGUGUAACAAUUAUGUGACACUAUAUGCCACAAGUGAUGACUACUAUUUCGGACUUCCAUUGGUUGGCAAUCGUAUCGCUCGCAUUGAGUAUGGCGAAAUUAUUAAAAGCAACAAUCUUAAAUUGGCUAUUGAGCACCGGGCAUCACUGGGUCGGGUAGCUCAACUGGGCGAAUAUUAUGAUGCACGAACAGAUCAAUUUCUAGGAUUAAACAUGUUUAAUCGGACACUGGAUCAGCCGGAUCAAAUAUCCAGAAUCGACAAUGCUUAUACCAGUUUGACCAUGAUACAAUCAGAUAGUUUAUCGGAUAAGUUUGAUCAACUAGACAUUAGUGUAUCGUUGCGCCUGUCGUUUUUGGCCGGUAUCAUAUCGAUUGGCGGAUCGGCCCGUUAUCUCAAUGACAAACGUACCAGUGCCCGAUCGGCCAGAAUAUCGUUACAACAUUCUAUACUAACACAAUACGAGUCAUUGCAGACUAUGGACAGUCGACUGCUCGACUAUGUCGAUGUCAGGGCACUGGACCAGUUAGAUGUUACACAUGUGGUCACUGGUAUUCAAUGGGGAGGUAAGUGUAUUGUUUCGGUUAGCGAUAGCAAUGAAAUGAGCGAUGAGCACCGUAAUAUCCAGGCCAAAUUGAGCAUGGAGCUUAACCUGGUAGUGGCCAAAAUUACCGCCGAAGUAGGUGUCAACUAUACAGAUAAUACGUUCAAAAAUUUGAGCAUGUACAAUUUUGAAGUUUACGGAGACAUAUUGCCCGAUAGGGUACCGGAAAAUAUUGUCGACGCACUGUUAUUCAUGAAUAUGACACCCACUUUGCUUAGGAAUGGUAAUCAGGGUAAAGGUAAACAAGUAUCGUUUACACUGACACCAGUCAAUGUGCUCCGUGAGCUCUGGGAACGGGAGAUCAAAGUGUCGGCAUUUGUUCACGAAAUUGAAGAGUCGAUUGUCAACAAAUGUGUCCAAUUGUUUGACGAUAUGAAUGCAAUUCAACAACAAUUAAACGAUUAUUUUACUGAUUUUACUAAUCAUUGGGAACCGUAUGUUAGAGACGAAGCAGUGACUGAAUUGCAACAACUGGUGGCAAACUAUACGAUAUAUCAGACAACAAAUACAAAACUAUUGUCUGCAUUAUUAAUCAAAAUACGGGCCGGAAAUGAAAGUGUCGAUCAAUUGAUAGACAUAUUGUUAAAAUCGCGUAACGAUACGUAUAGUCGGGAGGAAAUGGACAAUAAACUGGCAAAAUAUGAUCGACUAAAAAAUCAAUUACUAUUAGUUGAUUUUGUUGGCAAUAUUAGCACCCAGGCCAAUUGGCAAUGA